GGAGGUGUUAGCGCUUCCUUCCGCAGGUUGAGGAACUGUGGUGGCGGCUCGGAGGUCUCAUAACGCGGUGUGAAAAGUCGACCAUGGCGCCCAGUUCGCAGGCAGACGAUGUUGUCUCUGGUGUUCGUAAAGGGAUUCGGGCUGUUCUGCUGGGGCCGCCCGGCGCGGGGAAAGGGACUCAGGCCCCCAAGCUGGCAGAGAAGUUCUGUGUGUGUCAUCUGGCCACUGGGGACAUGCUUAGAGCGAUGGUGGCCUCCGGCACUGAACUAGGCAAAAGAUUAAAAGCCACAAUGGAUGCUGGCAAACUGGUGGGUGAUGAGAUGGUCGUCGAGCUCAUCGAGAAGAACCUGGACACUCCUGCCUGCAAAGAAGGGUUUCUGUUGGAUGGUUUUCCUCGCACAGUCAAACAAGCAGAAAUGUUGGAUGAUCUGCUUGAGAAACGCACAGAGAAGCUGGAUUCUGUAAUCGAGUUCUCUGUAGAGGACUCGCUCCUUGUUCGCAGGAUCUGUGGCAGACUUAUUCAUCAGUCCAGUGGCCGCUCGUACCAUGAGGAGUUUAAUCUGCCUAAGGAGCCUAUGAAGGAUGAUGUGACUGGUGAGCCUCUGACUCGCCGUAGUGAUGAUAAUGAGAAGACGCUGCGCUCGAGGCUGGAGGCCUAUCACAAACAGACAGCCCCCCUGGUGCAGUACUAUAGCGCACGUGGUAUUCACCAUGCCAUCGAUGCUGCUCAGUCACCCGAAGUCGUCUUUGCCUCCAUCCUUGCUGCCUUCUCAGCCACCACCUGUAAAGACCUUGUGUUAUUCAUCUAAACAUUUUCUCCACCCCUGUUUUUCCUUAGUGUCUAACUCUUUCAAGGAAAGGGUUGGGUUCCGCCUCUAAGGAAAAUGCUGCACUUGAGUGUGUGAGUUUGCCAGCUUAGGUUUUUCCGGAAGCUAAUUGUUGAGUUGUGCCUAUGGAAACAUUACAGCUUUGACAAUUAUCUGUCUCUUCUUACAUUACACAUCAUGGCACACAUGGAUUUUAUAUCUGUGUAAUAGUAAAUGCCUAAUGGUGGAGUAUGCAUCUUAUCUAAACAAAGUAGGUUGCAGUUUCAGGCUUUCUACAUUUGUGUCCAAGUAAUGAGCAGUAGCGGCCUGUACCAUGAAGCUAGUUGAACAAACUCGGGGUUACGGGAUUAGUUUCAAGUUGACGACCAAUCCAAUCAGGCUUUAUUGGUACCAUGACGCUGGUUAUCAACAUCUGUCAACUCAGGCUUUGAUCCUUAAGCUAUGUUUAGUCCAUGAGCGCGUGCACGUAAAUGCGUGACGUCGUUAAAAGCAACAACGUUGCGGCUGCCGAAGCUCGGAACAUUGCUGAUUAUGUAAAUGUGUAUGUUUACUUUUAUAGACUCACAAUGAGAAUAAACGGACUGGAAACUUAUAAUCUUACAUGUCAUUUCAUUUAAUAUAAAUGUAAAUUGUUUUAAUUAAAUGUUUCUCUGCUAAGUCCUCUUUUUACAGUUUGCACUGCGGAGUUAAAUUAGUCACUUUGCUCACAGCUGAUUGGUCCAAGUUGGGUUUGAGUUCUCUUACCCAUAACAUAACCCGCCCCCGGGCAGGUCAGUCAUAGAGAGUAAAUUACUAUGGUGAUGAACACCGGUAAAGGCAGAGCCACUUUCAUGGUAUCUAAAACCCAGGGAUGGCACAAACGAAACUGUAACUUACCUGGCUAGCCAUCUAAACCAGCUUCAUGGUACAGGCCCCAGGUCUAGACAAAACAACAACAACGAAUUUUCACUUAGAAAUGACACUCACUAAGUCAGCAUGACCAAUCUCUGCUAAUGCCACUUGCUUUCUAUCACCUACUACUUUCAGAUCAAUCUUCCUGAUUGUCAGUGCUGCUUGAGUCCUCAGUCUAUAUUUUGAUAUAUAUAGCUACUCAUUUUUUAACCCCUUUGUAGGCAAAUAAUUUUGACAUUGUACUGAAAACUGCUUUUGCUUUUGUAAUUGUAUUUUCUUCUUGUGAUUUUGCUCUUGUCCACCAGGUGGUGUGUAAUUUUUAAUUUUUUUAUUUAUUUAUUUUUUCAGCAUCCUGCUGUAGGGG